UCGACGAGAGCAGUAAUUGGUGGGUCACAUGGGCUGUGGGCACUUGUACAUUCUGGCACACAAACAGUAUCCUCAGCACCGACGAGCGAAACCUCGAAACGCUGCUGUCGCAGGAAGAAGAGCAACCGGCUGUCCACGUCUGACCUGUGCAUUCUGCUGGUCCUCCUUUUGUCUGGAAGAAACGUAUCAGAAGAGCUGUUUAUUGUGACAAAUACGACGGUACUGUUAGCUAACGACGGGAGUGAGAGAGCUUUACAGUGAUUCAAAUUAUGCUAAUCAGUUAGCAUUCCAGUAAAAGUUGCCGCUGCUACACCAUUUUUUCCUCCCCUUUUUCUUUUGUGUGACAGCAACAGUGAUGACAACUCUGACGAUGGCGUAUGUAAGCGACAGAGAAUCUGAAAAUGCUUUAAAAUCGUCGGUCUGGCACAUUGAUCAGCUAGCGUACCCGAGAUAAACAUUGCUAAUUUGGACUGCUGAUGUCAUGACAACAAGAAGAGUGAAAUGAUUUGCUACCGUGCCUCACUGCAUCGUUGAUUGCUAGUGUUGAAACCAUUCGGAAAUACCUAACUUUGUUCUACCAAACCUCAAAACCUGGGCCUUGCUAGAAAUGGACACCUGGGCCUUGCUAGAAAUGGACUUGUUUUGGAUGCACAGACUGCCUGAAAGCAUUCAAGUCCUUCAAGAGUUCAUUUGCAGCUGUUGGUCCCAGAAGCUCGAUUGAGGGCCAACAUGUGGAUGCCAGGGUCUGCAUCCGUUCAAAUACUUGCCAAGCUUGCGAAGUAUACAGUUGGGAAAGCAUAGAUCCAACUGAACCGCUGGUUACUGAGGACUGCCUCAGAUGACUGUGAUAAAAUUGAUGUCUUGAUAUGCAGCACCUUUGAGGACAGAGGUGGAACUAUGGGGAAGUGUGAUGAGGACCCAGAGGUCAACAUCGAUGUUGGCGGGACAACUUUCACCAGCCCUGGAGAGUUUAGACACCCGUGCUGUGUCACAACUUUUUGUUUCAAGAGUGCCCUGCUAGCAUGCUUCAUGGCUGCUGUGUGCUUCUCCUCUCUUGCUCUCGUUCGACAAUACCUCAAGGAUCUUCUGGUCUGGGUGGAGAGCCUGGACAGCCUUGUAGGAGCCUUGCUGUUUAUAGUUGGUUUGAUAAUAGUGUCAUUCCCAUGUGGUUGGGGGUAUAUUGUUCUUAAUGUGGCAGCUGGCUACCUUUACGGCUUUGUGCUGGGCAUGGGGCUGGUUAUGGUGGGGGUUUUGAUAGGAACCUUUGUGGCGCACCUGGUGUGCAAACGACUAUUGACUGGAUGGGUGCUGAACAAGGUUGGGAACAAUGAACAGCUCAGUGCUGUCAUACGAGUGGUGGAGGGCGGGAGUGGACUCAAAAUUGUGGCCUUAGCAAGACUCACCCCCAUACCUUUUGGGCUACAAAAUGCAGUUUUCUCGAUCACAGACGUGUCCUUGCCAAACUACCUGGUGGCCUCCUCUGUGGGUUUGCUGCCCACCCAGCUUCUCAACUCGUACCUGGGCACCACGCUUCGCACCAUGGAGGACGUCAUCGCCGAGCAGAGUGUCAGCGGUUACUUUGUGUUCAGCCUGCAGAUUAUCAUCAGCAUCGCCCUGAUGUUUUAUGUUGUACAUCGGGCUCAGCUGGAGCUGAACGCAGCCAUCGCCGCCUGCCAAAUGGAGCUGAAGUCAUCUUACAGGAACGGUUUAUCCACCAAUCACAGCGGCUUCAGCUACUGCAGCAAAAGGGUGACGGCUGGCGGCGGAAUAGUCAACGUGGUGUAACUGCAACCAGAUGAUCGGACUUAAACCAGCUGAUGUUCUCCUCUUUGGGGCGGUUCCUCAGAAGGAGGGAAGCCUAAGAUAGAACGGCUUAAUAGAACCCGUUGUGUUUAGGAAGUGCUGGCAACACUUGGGUGGUGUGGUACUUCAACUUUCCAAAUGUCACAUGUGGGGGAAACAAAUUCUUUAUGCAGGUAGUGUGCCAUUUUAGUUGGUUUGAGAAAGUGUGGGACCACGUGUCGUUAAGCUCAUGAGAGAAAUGUUUUUGUGGUACGUCAUUUUUAGAGUUUCGCAUAAUAUUUCCAGUUCUUUGAGAUACGUCUAUCACAGGGAGAUGAUGCAGUUGGUAGUUAUGGGAGGUGGCUGAGUGAGUCAGUGGGUCAUUAACUGCCUGCAAACAUUAGGAAUGUGCAAUAUGAAGCUUUUCUAGAGUACCAAGGAAUUAUUUAACCAUGUUUGUCUCUUUAAAAAAAAAAAAAAAAAAAGGCAACCUAUGCACCUUUCUUAAAUCAAUUUCUUUGUUUAAUUUCAGGGUCAAAUUUAUUUGUAUCCAGUGCAGAUUCAAAAUAUGACUAAGGGCAUUAUUAAUACAUCAAAAUAUUUGGCUUUCUUUUUAAACAUUUCUUAUUCAACUGUCAAAAGGGGGCACUCUAACAGGGAUUUGUUAUUUCCACUGGCUGUGACCACAACGGCUGAGUUUUUCUCAUCUGUCCAGGAUUUUUUUUUUUUUUUCUUUUUUAUGGCACUUGUACCAGUUUUAAUAAACCCAGCUGGAAAGGAGAGAUUUUACAGCAGGAAACUCAGGAAUGUUCUGCCGGGACAUUUGAAGUACAGCGUGAUUGGCUCCACCGUAGCAAAACAAUCUUCGCACAUUCUGUUCGAGAAAGAUUACAACAUUCAGCUCAGAGUGAGACAUCUCGCCUUUCUCUGUUUAUGUCAAAAUAAUGUGGAUUAUGACUUUUUUUUUUCUUUUUUAAACAGUGUUCUUUUUAUAUAUGAUAUUUGUUGGCAGUUCUGUGCAAUACAUUGAAAAGAAUGGUGUUUGAUAGUAUGAAUGUCUCAUUGCAGUGCUGAAACCAAACUAAUCAAAAACUCUCUUACAUAUGAAAUAACACUAGGUCUGUAUUCACUAGUUGUUUUUGUGUACUUUGUUGAUGAGCAAACUCAAUGAGGCUCCUGUUUUUGUUUUUUUAAACGUGCCAUAAUUUGAUUAGUGGGGCAGCAUAGCAAAACAAUUGUUCAUUUUGUGAUAAAAGCAUGGAAUU